AUGGCUGAUACUAAUAGCGAUAUCGAGAAAGAAAAAAAGAUCGAUGAAGAAGCUGAAGUAGCUAAACCAGUUGAUUCUGAAAGUGUUGAAGAAGAACGUGAAGGUUGGGGUAAAAAAAUUGAAUUUCUCCUUUGCUGCGUUGGCUAUGCAGUUGGAGUUGGCAAUGUAUUGCGAUUUCCAUACCUAUGCUACGAAAAUGGCGGCGGGGCAUUUCUGAUUCCAUACUUUCUAUGCAUGAUAUUUUGUGGCAUACCGCUGAUUGCGUUAGAAUUUGCUAUUGGGCAAUACUGGCAGAAAGGACCUACCGUGGUCUUUUUACAUCUAUGUCCGCUAUUAAGUGGGAUUGGCUAUUGCAUGAUUAUGAUAUCUUUCCUAGUGUCUACCUAUUACAUCAGUUUGCUUGUUUGGGUUCUUUAUUACUUAUUCAGCAGUUUUGGUAAUCCAUUGCCUUGGUUAACUUGUGAUAACCCAUGGAAUACACCAAACUGCGUUGUCUAUAAUAGAUCAAAUCCAAACCUAACUGGGACUUCACCAAGCGAAGAAUUUUUAAACGAAAAAGUUCUAAAUAUGACCAGUUCGCCGUCAGAAAUCGGAAUUGUGAAGUGGGAUCUGGUUCUACUACUCUUGUUGUCAUGGAUUAUCAUUUAUUUUUGCUCAUUCAAGGGCGUUCAAUGGACUGGAAAGGUCGUUUACUUUACGGCAACAUUCCCUUAUCUUGUUUUGAUCAUCCUUUUCAUCCGUGGACUUACCUUGGAAGGUGCUGGUGAUGGUCUUUACUUUUAUUUAAGUCCAAAGUUUGAGCUGCUACGAAGUAUAGAUGUUUGGAAAAAAGCAGGAACUCAGAUCUUUUAUUCCUUAGGCAUCGGCUUUGGUAGCUUAAUUGCUUACUCUAGUUAUAACAAGAGAGACAAUAAUGUUAUAAAGGAUGCGGUUGGUUUGGCACUUAUAAACUGUGGGACCAGCUUUUUUGCUGGAUUUGCCAUAUUUUCUAUGAUGGGCCAUAUGUCACGCAAACUGAAUGUACCAGUCGAACGAGUGGUAGCUGAAGGUCCUGGAUUAGCUUUCAUAAUAUAUCCAGCAGGGUUAGCGACUCUACCAGCAGCUCAGUUUUGGUCGGUGUUAUUUUUCUUUAUGCUAAUCACCUUAGCCUUGGAUAGUCAGUUUGGAAUGGUUGAAUCAGUAGCGACUGGUAUUGAAGACGCUUUUGCAAAACAUUUACGUGGUAAGAAGCCGUUGACGGUUGGGGUCUUGUGCGUGGUGCAAUUUCUGUUUAGUAUCGCAUGUGUAACUCAGGGUGGCAUUUAUAUCUACUAUAUUUUCGAUUCAUAUUCUGGAUCUACUGCGUUGAUAUUGGCCGUAGCCGUAGAAUCGUUAACUAUAAGCUGGAUUUAUGGUGUAAACAGAAUGGCUCGUAAUAUAGAAAUAAUGAAAGGCUCUCCAGUUUGGUUUGGUUGGAAAAUCUUUUGGGCUGUUAUUACUCCAGGAUUUAUGAUUGUAAUUUUCGUGUAUAGUAUUAUUGAUUACGCACCACUUAAAUACGGCGGUAAGCGUUAUCCGUGGUGGGGAGAUUUUAUUGGUUGGGUCAUGACUGGGCUUUGCAUUAUUAGUAUCAUUAUUCCUGGUCUAGUUCUGUUAAUUAGGGAGAAGGGUACCCUUAAAGAGGUGAAAAGAUAA